AUGGGGGAAGCUCUCAUAACGACAUUGUCAAUGGAGAAUUAUCACCCUUCUACACUGUUGUCCAUGGAUUCUGGUUCCCUAACCCAUGAUGAUUUGGAGAGGGAGCUGAAUCGACCUUUGAUUCUCUCGAGGCCACCUGAUAUCAAUCUUCCGGUAUCAUCUGAGCCACAUUCGCCUUCUCUGCUGAAUUGGAACGAUACAUGUGACAUCUUAGAUUUGAGUCAUGCUCCUCCAGUUUAUGAGGUCGAAACUACUGUCAGCGUGCCUAAAGCUUCGAAAAAAUGUACAAAGAGGCUGGACAGUAUCUGGGGUGCUUGGUUCUUCUUUACCUUCUAUUUCAAGCCUGUUUUGAAUGAGAAGUCAAAGUCCAAGAUAAUAAAGGAUAGCAAUGGUAUCUCUGGGUAUGAAAAGUCAGAUCUCUACCUUGAUGCAUUCUUGGUGCAGCACGAUAUGGAGAAUAUGUACAUGUGGGUUUUCAAGGACAGGCCUGACAAUGCUUUGGGUAAGAUGCAGUUGCGAAGCUACAUGAAUGGGCACUCACGUCAAGGGGAGCGCCCAUUUCCAUUCAGUGUUGACAAGGGCUUUGUCCGGUCUCACAGGAUGCAAAGGAAGCAUUACAGGGGUCUUUCCAACCCACAGUGCCUUCAUGGUAUUGAAGUUGUGCGCACACCAAAUCUCAUGAGUCUUGAAGAGGAAGAAAGGAAGAGGUGGGUAGAGCUCACGGGCCGUGAUAUAAAUUUCUCAAUCCCUCCUGAAGCAAGUGACUUUGGAUCUUGGAGGACCAUGCCCAAUUCAGAAUUUGAGCUCGAGCGUCCCCCUCUGCCAUUGAAGAUUAAUGGGCAUUUCCAUCCACGGAAAUUACUUAAUGGUACUGGCUUGAAUCUUUCUACUCAGCCUUCCGACCAUAGUGGUGAAGUGAUGGACCUCUCUCCGGUUUGCAAUAAUAAAAGGAAGAAAGACUAUUCGCCUCAUGCAAAUGAGGAUGAUUGUCUGCAUAAUAAUGGUACCCACAUCGAGAGGGUAGACAUGAACAUCCAUCCAACUGAGCCAGCAUGGCUCAAUGACUUCAGCGGGGUGAUGAAAAAUGUCUACGGUCCUGUUACGGCUGCAAAAACCAUAUACGAAGAUGAAGAAGCAUUCUUGAUCAUUGUCAGCCUGCCAUUUGCAGAUCUGGAAAGGGUGAAAGUCACCUGGAGGAACACCAACAGUCACGGAAUAGUGAAGAUAUCUUGUGUAAGUACUGCACCCAUGCCAUUUAUUAAACGGCAUGAUAGGACUUUUAAGCUAACAGAUCCAACUCCCGAGCACUGUCCACCAGGGGAGUUCGUUAGGGAGAUUCCCCUCCCAAACCGCAUUCCCGAAGAUGCUAAACUAGAAGCCUAUCGUGAUGAGACGGGGACAAUGCUGGAGAUCAUUGUGCCAAAACAUCGCGUGGGGCCAGAGGAACAUGAAGUCCGGGUUUGUCUUCGCCCUUCUCCUUUGAGCGAGCGAUCAUUCAUCGACUUGAAGGAGACAUCAGGUUGA